AUGCAUAAUUUAAUCCUCAGUGAUAAUUAUUUUGUUGGGGUCAUCCCACCGUCACUAGGGAACCUAUCAGCCUUAAGAGUACUAGAUCUUUCUCACAAUAAGUUAAAUGGUACCAUUCCUGUUUCUAUUGGACAAUUAUCAAAUCUCAAGAUCUUAGAUCUCUCUUUUAAUUCCCUGGAAGGCGUAGUACUUUUUGAAACUCAUUUUGCCAACCUCUUAAUGUUGGACGAAUUGAGAACAAGGUAUGCCUUCUUGACAUUGAAGGUGAGAUCUGAUUGGAUACAUCCUUUUCAAUUGAAAUCCAUUCUAAUGAGGUCCUGCAGAGUAGGGAUUCAAUUUCCUCAAUGGCUUCUAACACAAAAGAAAGUUGUUGAAUUGGAUCUUUCCAAUACUAGUAUAUCAGGAACCCUUCCUAAAUGGCUUCAUGACAUGCCUAUCUUGGAAUUAUAUCUCUCUCAUAACCAUAUCAGUGGGACCAUUUUGAAAUUUCCUUCCAUGGUGAACAUAGUUGAUCUCUCCCAUAAUUAUAUCCCAGGACUCAUUCCACAAAAUAUUGGCGAUAUGGUGCCUACUUUAGAGAGUUUCUUACUAGAUGACAAUUUGAUAAAUGAUUUGAUACCCAAUUCAUUGUGCAAAAUUGUGACUUUAAAUGAACUAGAUCUCUCUAAGAAUAUGUUAUUUGGAAAUCUUCCUCAGUAUCAGGGAGUUUCAGGGGAAAUCCCAAAUAUACGGGUUAUAAAAUUUUCAUCUAACAACCUUUCAAGGAUUAUUCCAAGCUUUAUUGGACAUUUGUCUGGACUGUAUUGGUUACAAUUGAAUAACAAUAGUCUUUAUGGAGAGCUUCUUUUGGGUUUGAGAAAUUGCACAUGUUUAUUAGGUUUGGAUCUUAGUGAGAAUGGAUUCUCUGGAAACAUACCUGGAUGGAUUGGAGAACCAGAAUCCUUGAAAAUUCUGAGAUUUCACAACAAUAUGUUCAAUGGCAUGAUUCCUUCACAGUUAUGCCAAUUGUUAGGUCUCCAAAUCAUAGACCUUGCAAACAAUAACUUAGAAAAAUCCAUCUCUUUUUGUUUUGGAAAUCUUAUUGGCAUGAUCUUGAAUGGUGAAUGUUUUGGAAUUGAGGUACUGGAAUGGUCAAAUGAGAACAUGAUACAGACAAUGCACGAAAAUGAAGUCGAAUACAGUACUACACUAUUAUGUCUAGUGAACAUGGAUCUUUCGAGGAAUAAUUUGACUGGAACGAUCCCUGAAGAGCUCUCACUUCUUUCAAGCACAAUUCCAGAGAGCAUGUCAAAUUUGAGUUUUAUGAGCCACUUGAACUUACCAUACAAUAACCUCUCAGGACGCAUUCCAACAGGAAAUCAGCUCCAAACUCUUAAUGACCCUUCUAUUUACGUUGGUAAUAUUGUACAUCGUGGAGCUUUUGUACUAAAGAAAUGCUCUAUUGAUGGACAUUCUCAACCUUCUCCGAUAUCUACAAGUCAUGAAGAAACAUAUGAAGGAGAUGAGUUGAAAAAGGUAUGGUUUUACUUGGUUAUAAUGAGUGGCUACGCCACAGGGUUAUGGAGAGUUAUUGGAGUUUUGUUGUUCAAGAAGAACUAG